AUGAGUUGCCAAUCUUUUACUUCAGCUGACAGUUUUAUACCUCUGAAUUCUGACACUUCUGCAACCUUGCCUCUGAUAAUGCAUCACAGUGCUGCCGAAUGUCUACCAGUCUCCAACCAUGCCACCAACGUGAUGUCCACAGUCCCAUCUAUUUUGUCUUUGAUCCAAACUCCUAAAUAUCUGUACUCGUAUUUCUCGGUGACAAUGAUGGGAAAUGCAGCGACGGGACUUCAUUAUUCUGUUCCUUCCUGUCAUUAUGGAAACCAACCAUCAACUUACGGUGUGAUGGCAGGCAGUUUAGCUCCCUGUCUUUACAAGUUUCCUGACCAUACCCUGAGUCAUGGCUUUCCACCCCUGCACCAGCCUCUCCUGUCAGAGGACCCCACAAGCACGGAAUUCAAGCAGGAACUCAGGCGGAAAAGUAAACUGGUUGAAGAGCCAAUAGACAUGGAUUCUCCAGAAAUUCGAGAACUUGAAAAGUUUGCCAAUGAAUUUAAAGUGAGAAGAAUUAAGUUAGGAUACACCCAAACCAACGUUGGCGAAGCAUUGGCAGCAGUGCAUGGCUCUGAGUUCAGUCAAACCACCAUCUGCCGAUUUGAAAACCUGCAGCUCAGCUUUAAAAAUGCCUGCAAACUAAAAGCAAUAUUAUCCAAGUGGCUGGAGGAAGCAGAACAAGUAGGAGCUUUGUACAAUGAAAAAGUAGGAGCAAAUGAAAGAAAAAGAAAACGGAGAACAACAAUAAGUAUUGCAGCUAAAGAUGCCCUGGAGAGACAUUUUGGAGAACAGAAUAAACCUUCUUCUCAAGAGAUCAUGCGGAUGGCUGAAGAACUGAAUCUGGAGAAAGAAGUAGUAAGAGUUUGGUUUUGCAAUCGAAGGCAGAGAGAGAAACGAGUGAAAACAAGUUUGAACCAAGGUCUCUUUUCCAUAUCAAAGGAACAUCUUGACUGCAGAUAA